GCUGUGUAGCACAGCUUUCUGGUUUAGCUCAUUGUGGCUUUCAGACUCGGUCUCUCAGGAGCACAACCUGGGCAAGUUACAGUCUGAAAGUUCAUCUGCGGAGCUGUUUGCUUGGGCAAGCAGUGGGUUUGAGUGAAGAGGUCUCCAUGUUCCGGAACAUGAGUGGAUUGUAUGUAGUUGGUUAGGAGUGGUCUUUCCAUGGUGAUCCCCUCCAGCACCGAGACAGUGCCUGACAAAAUGCUGCUGACAUUACAAACUCACUGGGCCCGUCAAGAGCCUUCCUGCUUUCUGCCCUCAACCUGCUACAACAGGAAGAUGGUCACAGGUGGCAGCAGCAACCCACAAUGCCAGCUGCCGCCCUGCAGCCAGGUUGCCUCUCUGGGCCACUCUCUUCCUACUGAGACAAUCAUGUCGAGCCAGCACAGCCAUGCACCCUUCUCCAGCAUUCAGCCCAUGGCUGAGCAUCAGCAGAUCAUGCCAGACCUGGCUAUCCUGCAGAGAAGGAUCCCGCUCACUUUUCGGGACUCUGCCACGGCGCCACUGCGUAAGCUGUCUGUGGACCUUAUCAAAACAUACAAACAUAUCAAUGAGGUCUAUUAUGCCAAGAAGAAACGUCGAGCCCUGCAGGUUGCACCAGAGGACACCAGUACCAAAAAGGAACGGAAAGUGCACAAUGAGGGCUAUGAUGACGACAACUACGAUUACAUCGUCCGCAAUGGCGAGCGCUGGCUGGAGCGCUACGAAAUUGAUUCACUCAUUGGCAAGGGAUCCUUUGGGCAGGUGGUGAAGGCCUAUGACCAGCAGGCACAGGAGUGGGUGGCCAUUAAGAUAAUCAAGAACAAGAAGGCAUUUCUGAGCCAGGCUCAGAUUGAGUUGCGGUUAUUAGAGCUCAUGAACCAGCACGACACUGAGAUGAAAUACUAUAUUGUGCACUUGAAGCGGCAUUUCAUGUUCCGGAGCCACCUGUGCCUGGUGUUUGAGUUGUUGUCCUACAACCUCUAUGACCUGCUCCGUAACACCAACUUCCGCGGUGUGUCUCUCAACCUCACACGCAAGUUUGCCCAGCAGCUAUGCACUGCGCUGCUUUUCCUGGCAACACCCGAGCUCAGCAUCAUCCACUGUGACCUUAAGCCUGAGAACAUCCUGCUCUGCAACCCCAAGCGCAGCGCCAUCAAGAUCGUGGACUUCGGCAGCUCCUGCCAGCUGGGCCAGCGGAUCUACCAGUACAUCCAGAGCCGAUUUUACCGCUCACCUGAAGUGCUACUGGGCAUGCCUUAUGAUCUGGCAAUUGACAUGUGGUCCCUAGGUUGCAUCCUGGUGGAGAUGCACACAGGAGAGCCACUCUUCAGUGGUGCCAAUGAGGCGGACCAGAUGAGUCGGAUAGUGGAGGUGCUGGGGCUGCCGCCCCCUCACAUGUUGGAGCAGGCUCCGAAGGCUCGCAAAUACUUUGAAAAGCUGCCCGAGGGGGGCUGGGUCCUCCGGCGGGGCAAAGAUGGCAGAAAGGAUUAUAAGGUUCCAGGAACUCGGCGGCUGCAUGAAGUGCUGGGGGUAGAGAGUGGGGGCCCAGGUGGGCGCCGUGCAGGAGAGCAGGGUCAUUCGCCUUCCGACUACCUGAAGUUCAAGGACUUGGUGCUGCGCAUGCUGGACUAUGAACCCCGUAGCCGCAUCACCCCCUUCUACGCCCUGCAACACAACUUCUUCAAGAAGACGGCUGACGAGGGCACCAACACGAGCGCCAGCACCUCACCAAGUCUGGGCACAGAGCACAGCCACUCUACCAGCACCACUAGUUCAGUGUCCAGUUCUGGCGGUUCCAGUGGCUCUUCCAACGACAACCGUGGCUACCGCUACAGCAAUCGUUACUAUGGCAGCAUGGGCACUGUGCAUGCAGAUUGCGAGAUGCAGAGUCCCCAAGCCCCUUCUCAGCAGCAGAUGCGUCUCUGGGCCGGCGGCGACAACGAGAGUAUUCCUCACAUCUUACCUCACAAACCCACACCCAGCCAGGCCAUGCCAUGUUUCCCUCCGACCGGACACCCCCCGUACCAGCGCCCACCGCUCCCGCUGUCUCCCCCGCUCCCCGAGGCCAUGGAGGUGUCCCUGGGCCCACGCCACCUGGACUGCAACCCCACCGGCCUGGGCUCCUCAUCCUUGCACUUGGGCACCUCGGCCUUCCGGACUAGGACUGCUGGCGGCUCACGCCCCGAGGGACUUGGCCUCAACUACCCUCUCCGCGGGCGCGGGCACCGAGAAACGGAUGAGACUGCACUGAUGGGUGUCUGCGUGCCGCAGGGCACGGCUGCCAGCUCCUGAUGAUGGACUGGCCCGGCAGGCUAGGAGCCAGUGCCCGGCGAGAGCACUCCCUUGUUGCACCAGAGCCUGGACGGGCCAGGACUAACUGUGUAGGGCAGGGAACCAGUUGCCCACAGAGCGCUUCUCCGCACGGGAGAGUUCAAGUGGGCCAGGACUUUUUAAACGGUGGGACGGGGGCAGGUUGCCUGGCUCAUGUGGCCAGCCUAGAGACCAGGUCCUGUUUGCUACCCGGGACCCCCCUGCUGCAAGUGGUAAGCAUUGUGUUGGGGGAGGGGAGGGGGGAAACAGUACCAGGGGGAAAGCAUGUGGAGCCAGCAUCCUCCCACCCUCAGAGCCCGGGUGCCACCUCCCCUCUCUCUGGUCAGUGCUUUCUCUGACUUGUGUGGUCCCUCCUGGCCGCUGCCACAAGCCUCCCCCACCCCCACCCCACCCCUUGAAUCACUCAGCGGCAUAUGGGCCUGGCAGCCAUUCCCUUCCCUGGUGCGAGAGAUUUCAACACUCUUGUGUGCUUGGAUGGACAGACAGACUCCUGUGCACUAUGUGGACUUUGAUAGGCUUGGCGGCCUGUGUUGGUCCCAUGGGAAUUGCUGCUAAAAACUUCCCCCUCCCCCCCCCCGCUUGGAAAUAAAGGGUUGCCCCAACCAACGAUUGAAUGUUUAUGCUGACUCGUGUGCAGCCCUCUUGGACCUGCCUCUUGCCGUGUGUACACGAGGGGGGGGAAACAGUGCCUAGGUCCAUGCUCCGGCACAGUCGGGCUGUUCACCGCACGUUGCUGCUCUAACCUGAGCAAGGCGGCAGAGCGGGGGACCUGGCCCCGAGCCUGGAUGGUGGCUGUGAACUUUUUAAACUCUGCCUUACUUGAGUGCAUGCAUCUUUGCACGGGAUUCUGUCUGAGCUCAGGCUGUUUUCCUUAAGAGUCUGCUUUCUUGAGUAGGAAAGUGUGAAAACUGUGCAGAGAAUGUGGGAUGUGACCCAGCCAUCCCCUCUUUCUUCUCAUGUGAGGUUUGCCCCCCCCCUUCACCCACUUGACUUAACCCCACCACCACCAUCAUACUGAUUUCACGUGAAUAUCAAAAUUCCUACUGAACGGGCGAGGAACCGAAGCACAAAGAGCCAAGACUGGGAGCCUCCUGCCGAACGGGUCUCCUUGUAACACCUACCACUUUGUUACUCGCUAGCUUACGUGGUGCCUCCUUUCCAUACAGCUUGGCCACAAGGGUUAUCAUCAGGCCAGGCUUUAGUCGUGCUCUCAUUAGCAGUGUGGCAUGCCCAUAUUCUUUUCCUGUUGAGCAGGGGCGGGGGUAGGCUCUUCCUUUCAGAAGGGUUUGAAGCACCCACGCAGCCCUCUGUUGUCACACACAAAAAGAGGGGGGUUGCUGGUUCGCAAACAGAAGCCUCAAGUCACCCGGUCAGUGCGUGGUGGAACUGUAAAAUGCGGUCAAAACAAGGGCAGCAGUAAACCCUUUUUUGCUCUGGAACAGAUUGGCCACCAAACUAGAACAAACCGAGUUGUGCCCAUUGUUCCAUAGGGGUAGGGCAUUUGGCCCCAUGUCCAGUUGCAGGCAGAAUGGGAGGGGUGGGGGACCCCCGGAUGGAAAUAUUAAGUGGUUGGUCACAGCUAUCUUCCUCCAGGAAUUUCUCUUAUUGUAUGCCAUCUGUCUACUAAAGAGGGCAAGAUGUAAAUGCACACUCAGGCCUCCUGCCUGCUCUACAGGUAGCAUGGAAUAAUUUGAUACAAGGCAUAGAAAGUCAGCGUCCUACAAACCUUGUUUUAAGGGGAAAAAUGUAUGGCUACAGGGACAGGCUGGAGCUGUGCAGGAAGGUUCUGGCUCAGUGGAAUUUCCACUGGGUUAGGGUUUCAUAUCCCUAUGGCUCUCAUGGCCACCCACCCUGUUAACAGUUAAACAGAGCUGCAUAUUGUAUACAGGCUACAACAUCCAACCUUUCUGGGUGCAGCUUUAUUUUUUAAAAUUUGGCCUUUAACUGCACGAUAGAAACAGCCUUGU